UUCCGGGAGGUUGCAAAAUGUUUAUGCAUUCAGCCGAGACUCCGAGAGUUACAAGACGUUUUAGAAACGGUCCUCAUUUAUUUUACUAAUUUUCGAAGUUUCCCCCUCAUUUUGACAUAAUGUAAACCGGGUAAGAUUUUAUUCAGUCUUAUAUUAAAAAAAGGAGCAGAGAUGAUUAUCGAGUUCCGCAUCUGGGUUUGGAGCGCGUUCGUGUCCGUCGGUGCUGUCGGCUCGGCCCCGUCUUCCUGGAGUUGGGCAUGGCUCGGAUUCUCGGAUACGGAGGGCGAACGUCACGGUACAGGACCCAGGGUGGCAUACGAGGAGCUGGAUCCGGACGAAAAGUUCAUCAACGAGGCCGGAAGGAUCGCCGACCUCCCGCCGUCCCAGCUCGACGUCUGCGAACAAAAAAUUGUGCUGAAGUUGAAAACGAGCUGCGGACGCCUGAACAACGAAGGUAUAGCAAGACUCGCCAUCGGGCUGCUCAACUGCCAGUCAGACCUGGAAGGCCGGGAGACAUAUCCGUGCGACAAUAAUACGCCUUUAGUGACGUGCACAAAGGACAUGUCCCCCGAGGUGUGGAACACGUAUCACAUCAUGACGAACCGUGCGAGAGCUGUUUGCUAUGCGGCAAGACAACAGCAUUUCCGCGCCUCGGCUGAGAUGAUAAUAAACAAGCUAGUCGAUACAACUAGAAGCCACUUGGAAGCCAUCGAAAAAUUCCAGGAGAAACAGAAAUCCGUCCAGGGCGAGGCGGACUUCACGCUCGAGAAGCUUUCCAAGAACCAAAGGGACGUUUUGCUGUCCUACUCGAAGAUAAAAUCCGCCGAGACUUUUCUUGUACAAAGAUUGACGAGCGGAGUCGAGAAGAUGAAAGAAGCCAACGAACGGCUACUAGAAAACCACGAGUUGGCGUUGCAACUUAGGGCCGAGAUUCGGCAUGGACUAGACUCGGUUGCAAGGCAAAUGGAGGAUGAGAUAAGAGACAGAGGCGCCGAACAGGACAAGGUCAAGGCUGAGCUGACAGAGCUGAAAGAAAUCGUCGCCCGUAUAAGAGACACAGUUGUCGAGACAUUGGGCCAGUUGAAAAAGAAAGAUGAUGAUUUGAACCGUGGUUAUGAAAGGAGUUUCAAGACAGUGGACGAAAUCAACCACCGGCUUGACUCAAUACUCUCGUGUGUAAAUUCGGCGAAAGAAGUCGUCAGGAGUGCAUUCAAACAUUUUGAAAGAUUCUCCGGCGUAGACGGCGAAAACCUGAACACUUUGCUUGAAAUGACGGCACACGGCCUGUGCAUGGCGAUCGCAAUGAUCUUUUGUUCCUUUUUCUACGUACCUUUAUUCCUCAGGUGGCUUCUGAUUUUGAGCGCCAUUCUCAAUUUUUCCCUUGUGCACUUUCGCCAGGCUAAUGCCGGCCUGGUCGGGUUUUACGGCGCCGCAAUAAUCAUUGCCUUGACGCAUCGCCUGUUCAUCGCGGUAAGGAAUUACAACAAAAACUACAGCCGGACAAAUGGAAUGAUGCAGAAGGCAAUGACGCUGAGGCGGGAUUACACCAGAAUCAACGAUGAUGAUUCAUUGUCUAAAGUCGAUGCUUGGCUCACUGGUAAAUACAACGGUGACAGUACUUUCAUCAACAGAAACGGAGUGAAUUCCUUCACAUGUCCAGUCGAACCAUUGCACAAACAAGACGAUGAUCAGUCUGUUGCUUCAAGCUUGCGUAGAAGGGAGCAACGCCAUACGACUCCUUCGCAUUCGGUUGCCAGCUCUGGGAAGACGCUAUGUGCCAGUGUCACACGGGUCGGCGCACCUUGUAGGAACAAGGCCUUCCGUGGCAGCACUUACUGUCGAUCUCACCUAAGAUAGAUUUUACGGAAAUUUGUGUGUGUGUGUGUAAUUUUUUGUUUUUGACACUUUGUAAUAUAAUUGUUUUUAUUACUUUGAUUUUUUUUUAAUGUUACAAAUGAUGUUGUAAAUGAUAAUUAGAGAUCAUUUUGGCUAGUUA